CCCGUGACAAAUAAAGAGCAUUUCUUUACUUGUAUAUAGACAUUCAUUUCUACUUCUGACGCAUCUGAUUGAUAGCUAGAUAUCUUCACUACGUAUUUUCAUUUUUGUCCGCUACAGUUUAAAGUCACCAGAGAAGGAAAUAUAGUUAUAUCACAACUGGGGUGACCUUCACGGCGUCGUUUGGCCUUCAAAAAGUGUGAGAAUUUAAAGGGGUGCAUGAGAUGACUGAAAUAUUUCGCAGUGGUAAGAGAGUUGAUGGUCGCAGACCUAAAGAAAUUAGGCAAAUACACUGCCAAUUUGGAUCUGGCAAUUCCGACGGAAUAGUAUUUCUUCACCAGGGGAACACUAAAGUGAUCGCAUCAGUAGUUGGACCUCACGCGUCCAAAUCAAAAGGCGAUGGCGAUGCAGAUAAUGCGACCAUUAUGUGCCAGUUUACAAAGCCUCCUUUCGCCUCAACUUCUGGAGAACGUCGAAAACUAUCAUCAAAAGAUAGGUCAGCAAAUGAUUUCGCAACUGCUAUUGAAGAAGUAUUUUCAUGUGUCGUAAAAACGGAGAAGUAUCCUAUGUCACAAAUAGAUAUUUUCCUUGAAGUUAUUCAAUCAGAUGGAUCUGAGUUCGCUUGUGCUGUAAAUGCAGCUACCCUUGCGUUAACUGAUGCAGGCAUUGAAAUGAAUUAUCUUGUCACUGCAGCCACAGUUGGUCUAUGGGGUUCACACGUAUUUGCUGACCUUUGUCGCUUCGAAGAGAAUCCACUUCUGUCUCAGUUAACGGUUGUUUGCUUUCCUAAUACGCAACACCGCUGUAACCUGGACUCAGAUGAAGAUGAAGAUCCUGAGAUUCUUCAUACACGUCUUUCCUCAUGGUUACCAGUUGAAAAAUUACAACCGCUUAUCACGGAAGCCUUAGCAGUAGCUCAAGCACUUCAUGAAGAAUUUUCCUACUGGCUACGAGGUCGUGUGCGUAGUGGACUUGUCACCAGAUAAAUGAAUUACUCAAGUGUUGAAUCCGAUGAUUUUUAUAAAACAACAAAACCUCCACACAUUUCAGAAUAAUUUAUUCGUGAUGUGUAAAAUAUUCGUGGCAGACUGUUUUAUUUUAUUAAUAAAUGAUACUUCAUCAGGGAAUAUCCACAAAGGAUGAAGUCCCUGGACCGUAAAGAUCCAAGGUGAG